AAAUAUAUUACAUUUAAAUGCCUAAGUUUUACACAACAAUUAUAAUAAUCACAUCACAUUUAUAAAUGUAUCAUUUAUAAUGUAAGCAUUAGGACUGACUUUGUUUUAUGUAAUAUAAGUAUUUAAAUUUUAGCUCUUAGAUUAAAUGCUGUUCCAAUAAAUGGUUUAAUUGUUAUUAAUAUAAAACGAUACAUUUUGUAAUAUUUACAUGUGGUAUGAUAUUUGAAACGUUAUGUGUAUAUAUUUAUAUAUUUUUUUUUGUUUAUACCGACACGAGAAUUGUGUAGCAACUACAUAACACCGAGUAUUGAAUAAAAAAAUGAACGUGUAACGUAAAAUAAUAAAAUUUUCCAUUUUCUUUUUUGAUAUACAUAUCUAUGUAUAUAUGAGAAUUGUUAUUUAACGUUUACACAACUUAAAAAGUUCAGUAAAAAUAAGUUUUAGUUUUAAUUAAAAUACAGUUAUACUUCUUUUUGUUUAAAAUUUAAAGGAAAGCAACGUGUGCUGGAAGGCAAAAAAGGUGAAGCUCAAAACAGUUGCAAUUAAAAGUAAGAAUUUUUAAUGGCGAAUUAAUAAUGGAUAAUUUUAUGAAUACCAAAGGAAAGAAAAUCAAUAAUAAGCGUGAAUUGCAUUUAUUCUAUUCUACAAUUACAUCCUUUGAAAAGUUGUUAUUCACAAAGCAAAAUAUUCAAACAUUAGUAAUAAUUGGUCAAAGGAAUAUUACCUUUCUGAAUGCAAUUUCGGAAUUAAUUCAGUUACAAGAAUUAUGGAUUGUUGAAUGUGGAAUUAAGGAUAUACCAGCUUUUAAAGAGAAUUGUUUACUGAGAAAACUUUAUUUAUAUUCCAAUGAACUACCUUCUAUACCAAAUCUAGAAGCUUGUACAAAUUUAACUACUUUAUUCUUGUCAGGAAAUGAUAUAUACGAACUGAAGAAUAUUGAUAAAUUAAUUUUAUUGCAAGAGCUUAAUUUGGCCAAUAACAAAUUAGAAAGAAUAAAUAAAAUUUCUUGGAAGAAGUCUGAAUUACAUUAUUUGAACUUGGCAGGAAAUUAUUUGUGUACUAUGAAGGAUGUACAGAAUCUAUCACGACUUCAAAAACUAAAUUCAUUAGUAUUUGGGGAUCCAUUAUAUGGAGAUUGUCCUUUGGUAACACUUUGCAAUUAUCGUAUAUAUGUUAUCCAUUAUGUUCCACGUAUUAAAAAGCUAGAUCAUUACAAUAUAUGUGAGAAAGAAAGAUAUUGUAUCAAUCAUUUUUUCAAGAAGCAAUUAGCUUAUCAUAAUGUAUUAUUUUAUAAGCAAUUAAAUGCACACUUAGGUUUAUUAAAACAGAAAUAUAAAGAACAUGAGAAAGAAAUGCUUCAUUUCAAAAAUCAACUUUAUACAAAUAAAAUAAAUAAAGUAUAUAAUACUUCAAUUUAAUGAAUUUUUGUUUAACUUAACUCGUGUUAAUCAAUUUCUAUUUAUUGCAUAGAAGAUUCAAAAUUGUUCUAAAAAUGAAACAUACGAAGAAUUACAACAUAUAAUGCUAAAAAUGGUGUCAAAUAAAAAACAACUUGUACAAAUGAAAGAAAUGGCAAACAUGCAACUUAGAGUAUAUUUUCCAGUAUUUUUUAGAAAUAAUUAUAUACUAUAAUAUAAUCUUGUUUAUUUAUUUAUUAGAUUUUGCAGCAGCAGUUACUUACUAAUAUGAAGUACUGUGGAAAUUUAAAUUUUAUUGAAUACAAUGCAUUUCCUGAAAACACAAUU